AUGUCCGGAAAAGUCUACAUUGUUGCCGCCUCUAGAACACCAAUUGGGUGCUUUCAAGGAAGUUUGGCAUCGAAGACCGCUGUUGAGCUAGGUGCAACCGCUGUUUCUGGAGCCCUGACACAGGUACCAGAAUUGAAAUUGGACCAGGUGGAGGAGAUUAUUUUUGGUAACGUUUUGAGUGGAAAUGUGGGUCAGGCACCUGCCAGACAAGUGGCACUUUCUGCCGGGCUAAGCAAGGCAAUUGUGGCCACUACAGUCAACAAAGUGUGUGCAUCUGGUAUGAAAGCGAUCAUAUUAGGAGCGCAGACGAUCAUGUGUGGAAAUGCCGACGUGGUGGUCGCAGGAGGAGCAGAAUCGAUGUCCAACACACCAUAUUACAUGCCUGCAGCUCGUGCCGGUGCCAGGUUUGGCAGCACAACGCUAGUGGACGGCAUCCAACGCGAUGGAAUUGUCGACGCUUACGAUAACCAAGCAAUGGGUGUUCAUGCAGAAAAAUGCGCCCGCGACCACAACAUCACACGUCAACAACAGGACGAUUAUGCCAUCGCAUCGUACCAAAAGGCCCAAAAAGCUCAAGCCGAGGGAAAAUUCGACCGUGAAAUUUCUCCAGUGACGAUUAAGGGUUUCCGGGGCAAACCUGACACUUUGGUGAGCCAGGACGAAGAACCUGCAAAGCUGAACGUUGAAAAACUCAGAUCUGCACGUACCGUGUUCCAGAAGGAAAACGGAACCGUCACCGCCCCUAACGCUUCGCCACUCAACGAUGGUGGUGCCGCCGUCGUGCUGGUCUCUGAACGCAAGUUGCAAGAACUAGGUCUAAAGCCACUAGCUGUCAUUAAAGGUUGGGGUGAGGCCGCUCAAGAGCCUGCCGAUUUCACAUGGUCUCCAAGUCUGGCUGUCCCCAAGGCUUUGAAACAUUCGGGUCUCGACAUUUCCCAGAUCGAUUUCUUCGAGUUUAACGAGGCCUUCUCCGUCGUAGGAAUUGCCAACCCACAGAAUCUCAAUAUCCCACUCGAAAAGGUCAAUGCCUACGGUGGUGCCGUUGCUAUCGGCCAUCCACUCGGUUGUUCUGGAGCCAGAAUCGUCGUGACCCUACUAUCCGUGCUUAACCAAGAACAUGGCAAAAUUGGUGCUGCUGCGAUUUGCAACGGUGGUGGUGGAGCUUCUUCUAUCAUUAUUGAGACUCUUUAA